AUGAGUAGAUCCAAGAAAACGCCAAUCAGUGUAAUAGCACUGCUUCCUGCCCCUUCACGGUCAACCAUCCAGUAUCAUCCAUUCAAAACAUCAUACGUGUUGGCAACAUGUCUAGAAUCAAAUCAGAUCAUUCUCUACAACACUGCUGACAACAGUCAACAACAACAACAACAUCAAAAGAAGGAGAAUAAUGGAAAUAAGUUUUCACAUCACAAUGAACAUAUUACCUCUUGUUGCAUAUCUCCAAAGGGUGAUUGUGUUGCCAGUGCAUCACUUGACAAGACAGUGGUCCAGUUCUCUUUGAGAUUCAACUCAACAUCGACCUCCAGCAAUAGUAUCAAGAAGACUCUAUUGACAUACAACAGUGGAAAUGCGUCAGCACUGGCCUUCAACUCUACUGGAUCAUCAUUGGCUGCAGGAUCAAUAGAUGUCAUUAAACAGGUGAAUAUGGUGGACAAUGCUCAAGUGAUCACAUUCAAAGCACACGAUGGUCAAGUACAGUCCAUUGCGUACUCUCCCAAUGGAAAGUACAUGGCCACCAUUGGUGCAGAGGAUAAUACACUAAAGUUGUGGUCUACCGACAAGCUAUCAUCUGAUGAGGCCAUCUUUGAAAGAGAGGUGACUGCCAACUGUCAAAUGAGCUGGAAGCCAGACAGCUCCCAUCUGGCAAUAUCAUCCACCAAUAGUGUCAUUUGUCUGUCAGCCACUGCCAAUUGGGAUCUCGUAUCAUCAUUUGAGGAUGAUGGUCACACCAGGGAGGUGACCGCUCUGGCCUGGUGUCCAAACGGAAUCUACUUGGUGUCUGUUGCUCAAGACAAGAACCUACUGGUUUGGAACACCAACACUCUUCAACAGGUCGCCCAGUAUAGGCAUGACUGUACCAUCAGUAGCAUUGCUUGGAAGCCAGAUGGAAACUGUCUCUCAUUCAUUGAUACUAAAGGACAGUUGGGUACCUAUUGGAAUGUUAUCCCAUCUACAUUGGUAUCACCUCUAGACCAAGCGGCAAUAGAUCGUUCAAAGGAACUCAUGGAGCUUUUCGACGAUGAUGAAGACAUCGACAUGAAGGUACAAUCCAACACACCAAUGUCCAGACUUAGAAAACCCAUAAUGAAUGACACUGUGAUGUCACCCAAAGGCGACUCUGAUGAGAAUGAUUAUGAGGCGGUGGACGAGGACGAGGAGGAUGAGGAGGAAGAGGAACAUGAUUAUGAAUCGGAACUGGAAGAGAUCAAGUUUGUUGGUGGUAGUGGAAAGAAGACCUCAAGAUCUAUACAGUCAAACAUCAAUACCACCGCCAUCACCACCACACUGUCAUCAUUCCAACCUGGAUCAACGAGUCAUCUGACAAAGAGACGAUACUUUAUGGCCUACAACAUGAUUGGAAUGAUUAUCAAACGAGAAGAGGAUGACACAAACAAGGCUGGCUCAAUUGAAAUUGAGUUCAGCGAGACUUCCUUCCACAGAAAGAUCACGAUGCCCGACAACAGUCACUUUGACCUAGCCUCCCUAGGUCGCAAGGGUGCUAUAUUUGCAUCAUCCACCGAGUCCACUUUAUGUUUCAAACCAUUCGACUCACUGGGCGGUAUUGGCAACGAAUGGACGCUACACAGUGAGGGUGAUCCAAUCGUGGGUGUAGCCAUUGGCGAGCGAUUCAUCACGUCGUGCUCAAAGAGUAGAAUACUACGAGUGUUCACACUUGGUGGCAUCCAGUCUGCUAUACUCUCUAUCGAUGGAGACCUUGUCACGAUGGCAAUCAAUGGCAAUGAUCAACUGGCCAUUGUAUACUCCAGCAACAAUGGACUGAUUCUCAACUACAUCGACUUGAACAAUGGAAAGCAAUUGUAUCAAGGUUGUGUUCCAGUGUCGCCUCAGUCCGAGCUUAAAUGGCUCGGCUUCUCUGACAGUUCAAAUCAACUGACAACCUAUGACUCCAACGGAAUGAUCAGGAUAUUGGCCCAUGCCUGGCCAAAUGCAGUGUGUGCAUUACAGUGGAUGCCACUUAUGGUAAUGAAAUCGAAGCGAUCAUCCUCUCAUUGGAUCGUUGGAUUGAACGAUAGCCAUGACUAUCCCCUGACGAUUCCAAGGCCUACUCUAUCGACCAUACCGAUCAAUCAUCCAUUGCUCCCCACUCCAGAGGUCACUAGCCACCUUGAGGAAACAUUAUACAAGAAUAGACAGUCAUACAAUAGGUUUAGCCACAGUAAUAGAUCAACUGUGGAGGAUCUUGUUCUGAAGGAGCAAGCGGCAUAUGAUUCUGACGUCCUACGUCUCUUUGGUGCCAUUAUCAAGUCUGGCAAGUCUGGUACACCACCACAGUCUCAGAGGUGCUUUGAGCUGUGCCAGAUGCUCAAGCUUGAAAAAUCACUCAACAUUGCAUUCAGGGUGGCCAAUGAUCACAAAGCCUCAGACAUUGCCUCCAGGAUCAACACUUUGGUUGACAAGUUCCAGGAAGAGCGAACAUCACAAUCCCAGCGUCACUCUCAAGCGACAUUGGCAGUAUCUCAGUCACCAUCGCCAGACACUACUGUUAGGCAGGUCUUAGACUCGAGUAGUAAGGAGAACGAACAUGUUGUCAUUUCUCCAGCAUCCAAGACAACAAAGAAGGACACACCAGUGUCAGCCUCCAAGAAGGAGACCAAAGAGACACGACCAACCGCCUCCACAUUGGUUCAACAACAAAUUUUGUUCAACAAGGCGUCCAGUCCAUCAAAGACAACAUCAGCCACGGUCAAGUCCUCUACCUUGCCAUUCCCUAAACUGAAUGUGACCGCCAAGAAGACAGAGAGUACCUUAUUGUCUGGAAACAAGAAGCGCAAGGAGACACCAGAAGACAACAACAGCAAUCCAUUCAAAUUAAUGAAGAAGACCUAA